GUUGUUGAGAAACUUCAACGCGUUCAGGAGUCGGCUACAUUGUCAAGGAGCACUGGCACGUGUAAAGUCACUGAGAUAGAGAUGCAGAGGUAUCUGGUGCUCUGUAUGGCCCUGCUGGCCCAGGUCUCUGCUGAUGACUGCCCAGACGGAGGGGCGUGUGAGGAGGGCAACACCUGCUGCAAGGUCCCCUCCGAUGGCUAUGAAUGCUGCCCAAUGUAUCAGGCUGAGUGCUGUGAGGAUCAUAUCCACUGCUGCCCUGAGGGAACGCUCUGUGUUGUGAAUGAGUCCAUGUGUGUGAAUGGAACUGUCUCCCUACCAUGGGUGGAGAAAGUCUCUGCUAAACAGUCCAGAUAUCCUAAAUCUUUCAGAAUGAUCAGUGCAUAUGCUGGGUUUGAGGAUGAUAACAUCUGCCCUGACAACUCCCACUGCCCAGCUGAGUUUUCCUGUCUGAAGGCCACUACAGGCUAUGGUUGCUGUCCCAUUGCUCAUGCUGUGCCUUGCUCGGAUGGGAAACAUUGCUGUCCUGAAGGCCACCAGUGCAGCACAGACAGCAGCUCCUGCAUCAAACGGAAAGAACCUGUUGUUGCAGUGCUGUGCAGUGACAGAGUGUCUGAGUGCCCAGAGGGAACCACAUGCUGUGAGACUCCAGAUGGGAGUUGGGGGUGCUGCCCCAUGCCCAAGGCUGUGUGCUGUGAGGAUAAGAUUCACUGUUGUCCUGAGGGCAGCACCUGUGACAUCAAGCAAUCCAAGUGUAUAUCCACUACCAACAAGGAAAUGCCCAUGUGGGCCAAGUUCCCUGCCCGCAAGAGGGCAGAGUGGGAAAACCAGAAUGAAGUUGCCCAAGUGACAACACCUAUUCCAGACACUACCACCUCAGCCAAUAGGAGUCCUGCUUCUCUUUGGGAGGGGGGGGGUUCUUCUCCACCCUUCAUUAGGACAGGAGACAUUCCCUGUGAUGAGUCAGUGGCCUGUCAGGAUGGAACCACAUGUUGUAAAACACAAGAAGGGGGAUGGGCAUGCUGUCCUCUGCCACAGGCAGUUUGCUGCAGUGACUUCAUCCACUGCUGCCCUCAUGGUAAGAAGUGCAACCUGGCUGCCCAGACGUGUGACGACACCUCAGGCUCCCCCUCUGAGCGCUGGCUGAAGAAGGUUCCUGCCGUGCCUCGGGAGGGUAACUUGCCAGGGAAUGUGACAUGUGACCCCACCCACAUGUGUCCCGACAACACCACCUGCUGCAAGACCGCGUCAGGAGACUGGGCCUGCUGCCCCAUGCCCGAGGCUGUAUGCUGUGAGGACCACGAGCACUGCUGCCCCCAUGGCACCACCUGUGACCUGGCUUCCCUCGCCUGUGAUGGCCCCUCAGGGCCGGAGCCCAUGGUGGGGAAGGUGCCCGCCCUUACAACCCUGGCACCUGAUCAUGAGGAGGCAGCCACAGACCACCAGGGGAUGCAGACGGAUGACAUGGAGCCGCCUACAGACAAUGAUGAAGACAUUCCCUGUGAUGAGUCAGUGGCCUGUCAGGAUGGAACCACAUGUUGUAAAACACAAGAAGGGGGAUGGGCAUGCUGUCCUCUGCCACAGGCAGUUUGCUGCAGUGACUUCAUCCACUGCUGCCCUCAUGGUAAGAAGUGCAACCUGGCUGCCCAGACGUGUGACGACACCUCAGGCUCCCCCUCUGAGCGCUGGCUGAAGAAGGUUCCUGCCGUGCCUCGGGAGGGUAACUUGCCAGGGAAUGUGACAUGUGACCCCACCCACAUGUGUCCCGACAACACCACCUGCUGCAAGACCGCGUCAGGAGACUGGGCCUGCUGCCCCAUGCCCGAGGAGUUGCCCAGGACACAGUGUGACGCCCACACCAGCUGCCCAAAGGACGCCACCUGCUGCUUUAUGAAAUCCACCCAGAAGUGGGGCUGCUGCCCACUGCCACAGGCAGUGUGCUGUGCUGAUGGAGAGCACUGCUGUCCCAAAGACUACAUAUGUGAUAUGAGCAAGACUUCCUGCUCUAAGGGUAUGGUGGUGAUCCCAUGGUACAACAAGCUGGCAGCUGAGCCAGAUGACAGUGCCCUCGCUGCCUCCCCCUCUGUGAAGUGUGACGCCCAGAACAGCUGCCCUGAAGGCUCCAGCUGCUGCCAACUUUCCACUGGACAGUGGGGCUGCUGCCCCCUGUACAAGGCUGUGUGCUGUGCAGAUGAGGAGCACUGCUGUCCACAGGGCUACAGCUGUAACAUGGGCUCAGGGACUUGCCAGAAGCUAAUGUUUCUUCAGUUCCAGACGAUACCCCUAACCCGGGUGUCUGCGCCUGAGCCCCCGACCCCACAGGAGAAGGAAAUCCACUGUGGGGGGCCGUUUGUCUGCAAUAAUGAGGAGACAUGCUGCAAGGUCUCCACCACUACAUGGGGAUGCUGUCCCUCUCCAAAUGCGGUGUGCUGCAGUGACAUGAAGCACUGCUGCACUACAGGCUACACCUGUGGUGAGGGAGGGACCUGCACCCAGUCCACUGGCUUCAACUGGGACCACUGGCAGGUGUUCUUCUCCAACAAGAAGAGAGCCCUGCGUGUGUGACAACCAUUGGAGUGAUAGGCCCACACUCCAGCGCCACACGCAUUGCACUAUUGAAGGGGACGCAUUGCACUAUUGAAGGGACGCAUUGCACUAUUGAAGGGACGCAGGGACUUACUACUACUGUUAUAGUAUGUCAAAUUGUAUUUUUCUCAGGGUAUAAAUGGUAUAUAUCGUACAGGGAACUGAAAAUAAGGCACAUUAUGCACCAUUGAUUGGUGGAAGGUGCUUGGUAUGUUACUACAUUUGCUUCAAAAGAUACCCAUGCUUGCUCAUGCACAGAAACUAUCAAGGAUUUGAAAUCAACAAUAUUUUAGUAUGCUUUUAGGGUUGUGGCUCGGGGAAAGAUUGGAAUGUGAUAUAAAACUAGUUGUAAGCCACUAUCAAGAUUGACACAGAGGAGCAUAGAAAUUACAAGAACGUAGUACUGUUUACAAUGUUUGAUGUUACCUUUUAACAGGAAGAGUGUUGUUGUGUUUUUUUUUAGUUGAUCAUGUGAAGUGCAUUGUGCCUCAUCAAAUAGUUUCAGGUAUGCCUUUGAAAUAAAUGCCUUUUACAUGAAA